CUCGACUCGAAACUCAUCGCAAUGGCAGCUAAGUUGGUCGUAGUGUUCGCCGCCUUCGUGGCCGUAGCCCAGUGCUCAGUGGUGCCAGUGGCGCGAGCAGACGCCGACUACACGAGUUUCGCGUACGACGUGGCCGACCCCAACACCGGCGACUUCAAGAGCCAGGUGGAGACGCGCGUGGGUGGCGUGGUGCAGGGCCAGUACUCGCUGCUGGACGCCGACGGCACCAAGCGCACCGUCGACUACGCCGCUGAUGACGUCAACGGAUUUAACGCUGUCGUGCGCAAGGACCCCGCUGUCGUAGCCGCCGCGCCUGUCGUUGCCGCUGCCCCUGCGGUUGUCGCAGCUCCCGCUGUAGUCGCCGCGCGUACCGUCGCCGCUCCCGCCGUGGUUGCCGCCCGCACUGUAGCUGCUCCCGCUGUCUAUGCUGCCGCUCCCUCCGUCUACGCCGCUGCUCCAUCCGUCUACGCUGCUGCUCCCUCUGUCUACGCCGCACGUGCUGUGGCUGCCCCCGCCGUCUACGCCGCUGCCGCCCCUAGCGUUUACGCUGCUGCCGCUCCCAGCGUUUACGCUGCGGCCGCUCCCAGCGUAUACGCUGCGUCCACUUACGCCGCAGGCCCCGCUAUCGUCGCCGCCCGCAAUGUGGCUUCUCCUUACUACGCUGCCUACUCCGCCCCCGCCUCAUACUGGUAAACGAAAGCCUUGCUCCAAGGCAUACUAGUUAAACCACGAC